AUGAGACACAAUCUGGUGUGUCAGACAUCUCCCACCAUCUCUCUUCGUUUAAAAUUGAGUGCGUCUCGAUCACAUCAGCAAAAAAACCUUAACAGAGUAAAGCGGUCUACUUCUAAAGGCAAUGAAGAAGUUGGUGAAAAAAAGGUUCCUACUCAGAAGUAUAAAUGUCCAAAGGGACCAUGUCUAGUUAUUCAGCGUCAGGAAAUGACAGCUUUCUUUAAAUUAUUUGAUGAUGAUCUAAUACAAGACUUUCUUUGGAUGGACUCUUGUUGUAAAAUUGCAGAUAAGUAUCUCUUGGCAAUGACUUUCGUUUAUUUCAAGAGGGCUAACUUCACAAUAAAUGAAUAUACCAGAUCCAAUUUCUUUGUUGCUCUGUAUCUGGCAAAUACAGUUGAAGAAGAUUAUGAAGAAUCAAAGUAUGACAUUUUCCCAUGGGCUUUGGGAAAAACCUGGAGAAAGCGCUUCCCUGAUUUCUUAACUUUAAGAGAUCAACUGUGGAGUAGAAUUGACUACAGGGCUAUUGUAAGCAGACGCUGCUGUGAAGAGGUGAUGGCUAUUGCUCCAACACAUUACGUAUGGCAGCGAGAACGUUCAGUUCACCAUAGUGGAGCUGUGAGAAACUACAGUCAUGAAGUACAGCUGCCCCAAGGACCUCGUGCUACUCCGACAGCCUGCCUGCUUUGUGGCAAGAAGGGAAGAUUUGUACAGCUAGGAUUAUCAUCAUCUUCCUCCUCAUCUACUAGCACUCUGGAGAUGGAAUUACAGUCAGGCCAGAAUUUGAAGGACACCUUUCCAACUGAAGAAAUGCUCAUUGACUCUCCUUUCUAUCGUGUCCAAGACUGUCAGAGCCUGUCCAGCCAAAGGAGACGAGGUAGCACCUUUAGCCAAGACAAAUCCAUGGACUGGUUUACAAGUAAUGAAGAAUGAAAUACACCCAAUGAGACAGAAACUAACAUUGUGCUUUUUGGAACAACUUUUGUUGCAUCCCAACAUUAUACCUAUUGAUUCUGUUAAAACCUUUCCCUU